AUGGAUGAAGGAAUCCCUCGUUUGCAAGACAGGCAGUUGCUAGAACAUGUGGAUUUUAUAGGACUGGACUAUCCAUCCUUGUAUUUGUGCAAACCCAAAAGAGGCAUGAAAAGAGACGAGAGUAAGGAAACAUACAAACUGCCACAUAGAUUGAUAGAAAAGAAGAGGCGAGACAGGAUUAAUGAAUGCAUUGCUCAGCUAAAAGAUUUAUUGCCUGAGCAUCUGAAAUUGACGACAUUGGGGCAUCUGGAGAAAGCUGUAGUUUUGGAAUUAACUUUGAAACACUUGAAAGCUUUAACAGCCUUAACGGAGCAACAGCAUCAGAAUAUAAUUGCUUUACAGAAUGGGGAGCGGUCUAUGAAGUCCCCCAUUCAGUGCGACCUGGAUGCUUUCCAUUCGGGAUUUCAAACGUGCGCCAAAGAAGUCUUGCAAUACCUCUCCAGGUUUGAAAGCUGGACUCCCAGAGAGCAGAGAUGUGCCCAGCUCGUAAACCAUCUGCACGCGGUUUCCACUCAGUUCUUACCCAGCCCCCAGCUGUUGACUCCACAGGUCCCUGUGAGCAAAGGAUCCUCCUCCUCCUGUACACAAGAUCGCACCGGGCAAAAGCUGGAGGCUCAGACUAACUGCGUCCCUGUCAUCCAGCGGACUCACCCGCCCGUGGAGCUCGGCGGGGAGAACGACACAGACACGGAUAGCGGCUAUGGGGGGGAGAGCGAGGGCCGGCCGGAUCGAGAGAAAGGCCAAGCGGCUGGGCUGCCCGGCGUGACUAUCAAACAGGAGCCUGCCGGGGACGAGGCCCCAGCGCCCAAGAGGCUGAGGCUGGAUUGCAGCAGCAGCGCCACGCUCCCUGCUGCUGCCGCCGCCGCGCUGAGCCCGGAGCACCAGGCAGCUGCUGCCCUGCUGAGACCCGACGCCGCCCUGCUCAGCUCCCUCAUGGCCUUUGGCGGGGGCGGGGCUGCUUUUGGCCCGCAAGCCGCCGCCGCCCCCCUUUGCCUGCCCUUCUACUUCAUCUCCCCCUCCGCGGCCGCGGCCUACAUGCAGCCCUUGCUGGACAAGAGCAACCUGGAGAAAUAUCUGUACCCGGCCGCCGCCCCCAUCCCUUUGCUCUACUCCGGAAUCCCGGCCCAGGCCGCCGCCGCUGCCUUCCCCUGUCUGUCCUCGGUGCUGGCGCCGGCUGAUAAGGCGAACGCAGCCGCCGCCGCCGCCGCGGCCCUUCUGCCUCUUGACAUGGUCUCUGCUGGGCAGCACCUGCCCCAUCUCUUCGCUGCUGCCUGCGAGACCGGGCCCAGCCUGGACAGUGAUCUUCCCUCCCCGGAAGAUCUUUUGCAGCCCGGAAAGGAAAGCCCCUGA